GCAGCUGUCGCUGUCGUUGUCUGUCUGUCGUCGUCGUCCACCACCAAACCACAAAAGUUGCACUUCGGCAGCGUUUGUGUUUUGUUAAAAAAAAAAACUUCUUUCUUAUUUUUGAUAAAUAAAAAAAUCUAUUUUAUAAAAUACAUAAUUGGUUUUUUUUUACAAAAUAAAAUUUAAAAUAUGGACUCAAUACAACUCUACGAGUUCCAUAAAAUGUGUCGAGUUUGUCUAAAAAAUGAUCUACUCGUCUCAAUUUUUAGUCCAACUUUUCUUGUACGACCAAUUGAUAUGGUGGAAAAGUUGAAUAUUUUCAAGUUUAAUCCAGACGAUAAUCUUCCAACAAUGCUGUGCCAAUCGUGCCUAUAUCGGCUAGUUGAUGCUUAUAAUCUCAAACAGCUUGCUGAAUCCUCAGAAAGUCGGCUACAUGAAUAUCUCAAUUCAACCAACCAACUUGGGGGUUUCGCAAAGCCCUGCAUCACAAUUUCUUCCAUAUCCAACGAUCGUUUAAGUAUCGAAAACCAUGAAUCUACAUUUUCCUCUGCACAAUCACAAAUAGACAGGGAUGAUGAUAUAUAUGAUAAUAUUUGUGAUAUAUUCGAUCGUAAUAAUUCAAAUGAUAUUGAAGUUGAAGAUGAUGUCCUGAAUGAUGUCGUGAUCGAUGUUAGUACGCUGACUAGAUCAGAUGCUGAAGAUACAAUACAAGAUACUAUUUUACUUAGUGAUGAUUUGAAACAUGAAAUUGAAAUUGAAGAACCCCCUACUGUGGUGACAGCAGCUAUAACACCAAAAGUUAGUCCCAAAAAAGGACGCAUAAAAAAGAAAGAAAAUAAACCGCUUAAAGUUCCUGAACAGUGCAAUGAGUGCGGCAAAAUAUUUGAAUAUCCCCGUUACCUGGAGUCCCAUAUGCGCAUCCAUACUGGCGAAAAACCUUUCCAAUGUGACAUUUGUCAUAAAAGCUUUGCACAAUCAAGUAAUCUUGUUUUACACUCGCGUGUUCAUACCGGCGAACGUCGUUAUCAAUGUGAGAUUUGUAGUCGAUUCUUUACAACAACCAGUAAUUUGAAGGCACACAAACUAACUCAUUCGGAAGAACGUGUUUAUGAAUGUGCGCACUGCGAUAAAAGAUUUAAAACUCAGCGGGAUCUCGUGAAACAUGAGCCUGUUCAUCGUGAGACAAAAGACAUUGUAUGCGAGAUUUGCAAAAAGACUUUCUUGAAAAUGUCUUAUCUGAAUGUACAUGUUAAGGCAGUGCAUAAGGGAAUUAAGAACCACAAAUGCACUGGUUGCAAUAAAAUAUUUGCCAAUAAAUCAAAUUUAGUUUGUCACAUGAGAAUUCAUACUGGUGAAAAGCCAUAUCAAUGCAAAGAUUGCCCAUCGAGUUUUAAUCAAUCUUCAGCGCUUGUUAGACAUUCCAAGAAGCAUUUAAAAAAAGGUCCUCCAAUUGGAAUACAAUUAAAUGAAAAAGUUGAAUUAGAAGACGACAACAAUAUUCCCCCAGAUAACAGUAUUAUGGAAAAUUUUUUACCCACCGAAGAGGAAGUAAAAGUUGAAGAAUUUCUUCCAAGUGUUGUACAAUCUAGUCUUCUUGAGUUGGAUGAUGCCUUGAAGUGGUAAUCAUUCUUAAAACAAAAUCAUAUAUAAGCAGCUUUAUAGAAAAAAAAAACAUUUCGAUGGGAAUGUUAAGUCCUGAGGAAAUACUUCAUUUUAUAUAUGUAUGUAUAUCUCCGCAUGAAUACGCAUUUCGUUGUGACAGUAUUUUUUUGGCCCUGAGAUGAGCUAGUCUACAACUUGAUCAGCGGUCUUCCUCAAACAAAAACAGUAUUUGUUUUUCGUUUGAUUUAAAAAUAAUUAAAAUAAUAAUGAAUCUCUUUUUUAAAAAUUUAAUCAAAUAUUAUUAAGCUAAAAUUUACAAAAUAUAUAGCAUACAAACACAAUACACACACACCACACAUCCAUGUGGAUUUUGACUGAUUUUUUGUGUAAACACAUUUUUUUUUAUUAUUUUACCAUAUAAAUUUUACCAUAUAUAUAUAUUUUUUUUUUACUUUUUUAUUGAGUUGCACGAGGAGUUUUUUACCAACUUUUUUUUAUUAAUUUCUAUUUUUAACUCAGAAGUUAAGUUUACUUUAAGCAUCUCUUUUUUACAUUACUUAAUUUUAUACAUGAAUUCUAUAAUAAAAAACAAUACAUUAUGUAUACUAAAUAAAGUCGAACAAAUUCUUGAAAAAAACAAAAA